CUGCAAGAUAUGAAGGGCUUCCUGUUUCUCACACUCCUCCUGAUGCCCGUGUACGCUGGAACUGCCUGGAGUGCGAAAUAUGCAGUAGAUUGUCCUGAGCCCUGUGACAGUAACGCAUGCAAAAGUACCUUGCGCUGUAAGCGAACGGUGCUGGAUGACUGUGGCUGUUGCAGAGUGUGUGCAGCUGCUCUGGGGGAGACUUGCUAUCGUACGGUCUCGGGUAUGGAUGGUGUCAAGUGUGGUCCUGGGCUGAAGUGCCAGUUUUACACUGAGGAGGAUGACUUUGGUGAUGAAUUUGGUAUCUGCAAAGAGUGUCCUUAUGGUACCCAUGGAAUGGAAUGCAGGAAAACCUGCAACUGUCCUUCUGGCAUCUGUGACAGAGUAACUGGGAAGUGUUUGAAGUUCCCAUUUUUCCAACUAUCUGCUUCAAAGCCUCCAAAUCGACGAAAAAUGGUUUCACAGCCAGAAAAUGACAUGGCAUCAGGGGAUGGCAAUUCUGUAAAAGAGGAAUUCAUUAAGGAGAAACCAAUCCGCCCCCCGGUAAUGAAGUGGCUAAAUCCUCGCUGA